AUGUCGUCCCUCAAAAGCUUUCUCAAGCAAGCAAAGGGGGCAUUGGAGCAGAACGAUCCGGAGGAGGCUCUAGAGUAUGCUAACGAAGCGCUAAAAAUAGAUUCAAAGUCAUAUUAUGCAUAUGUUUUCCAAGGAAAAGCUUAUCAAUUGAUAGGGGACUUGGCCAAGGCGAUGCAAUCUUUUCGAAAAGCAACGCAGAUUGAAGAAACAAACGUGUUAGCUUGGAAAGGAUGUUUACAGUUGAGCAAGAGUUCAGAUGACUAUGAAACAUUUUUUAAUGUUUUAACUUCGCUUUGUAAGAUAUAUAUCGAUCAAGGGAUCUCCAUAGCUGAUCUCUUGCAAACACUUAGAGAGUACUUGGAUGCUCACAAGGUUAAGGAUAAUGAUCAACUAUUUGAGUUUUAUUUAAGGUCGAUAUUGCCUGGAACUAAGCUAGGAGAUCUUAUAGGCACCUCGAUUGAAAAUCCUGAUUUCACAUACAAGAAAUUAUUGGAUUUCAAACAAAAACAGAUUGAGAAGGAUGUGGUUGCGCAAGUGUCUAAAGAACGUGUAAAGUUUGGAAAGACUCUAUCGUUGGACCAAAAAGCCAAACUUGAUGCCUUUGCGUGGUCAAUUUACAAUAAAGCAGAUUUGCUUGAAUUAUACGAUGCAUUUUUAAACAUUUGCGAUGACGAUGGAUUGAGGCAGAAGUACAAAGAAAAGUGUUUAAAGUUCAAGUACGAGCUUUUAAAAGUGUCACCAGAAAAGCAGACUUUGAUACUGGAUAUCAGACAGAGUGUAGAGGAUAUGAUUUUACUCAAGACAAAGAGUCUUUUUUGUUGGAAUCUUUACUUUGACUGGAUGGAUAUCGCAUCUUUGGAUAUGUUGGACGAAGAGUUUGUAAUUGAGUAUUUACAAUUGUUUCAAAACGAAAGCUUGGGUCCGGUUCUAUUUGCAUUUGUGAUGAGUGACAUUUCGCCCUUCAACAAAGAAAAAAUUAUAAAAGAGCUCAGUUUUCCUGGUGGAGAACAGAAAAGAAACCCAUCUGUUAUAUCAAAAACAAUGCCAGAACUGAGUGAAAUUAAGGAGCUAGUGGAUGAUGAUGAAAAUGACGAUAAUAAUGACUUCAGCUCCUUAUAUAUGCCGCAGGAUGAGGUGAUUGACCUUAUGCUUACUGGGUAUUCAAAGGCAAAAGAAUCUGUACUUGCGAAUAGGAUUUUGAUACAUUUUUUUAUCCAUCUUCGUGAGUAUAAUACCGCAUCAGAAAGGUGUCGUGAUGGAAUCAGGCUUCUAGCAGAAAUGCAAAGGACAUUUGGUUUAGACUUGCCAAAAACCAAGAUUGAUUUCUUGUGCUCUUUAGCUGUCGUUUACACGUACCAUGAAGCACCAAAGAAUUUUAGUCGAGCUCUUCAAUUGUACGAUAAGAUUUUGGAAUCUGACUCGACAAAUGUUGAAGCCAAAGUUGGUAAAGGUUUGAUCUGCGUCGAAAGAGGGGCACUAACCGAAGCACGCACGAUUCUUGAGUCUGUAGUGGAGGAGCACCCGGAUAACUUGGAGGCUAAAUCUGAGUAUUGUUGGUGUCUUGUGAAGUUGGGCCAAACUGAAAAGGGACGAUCUGGUCUACAAAAGUUUAUUGAGAGUGUGGUUGGAGGAGACUUGCAUAGUCGAGAAGUGCGAGCAAUUGCAAACUGGAGAAUAGCACAAAGCUAUAUGGCGGAAAAGCAAGUGCAAGAAUGUUAUAAGCAUUUGAUCCUUUCACUAAAGGACAACGAUGCGUAUGCUCCUUCAUAUACGCUUCUUGGUAUUUUGUUUGCCGAGAGCUUUAAUGAUGUAAAGCGAGCUCAAAAGUGCUUUUACAAAGCUUUCGAUUUGGAUCCCAACGAAAUUGAGGCCGCAAGAUACCUUGUGAAACAUGCUACUGCUGAAAAUGAAUGGGAUGUGGCGCAAGUGCUUGCAAAGCGAGUGGUGACAAGUGAACAUUCCAGAAGAUUGAUUAUGCGAGGAGGUAUCCCAGAUGCUGCAUGGCCGUACAGGGUGCUAGGCAGUGGAGCCUUGAAUGAUCAAGAUGACGCUAAAGCUGUUGAGUGGUUCCAAAACGCUCUUCGGAUAGAUUCUAAUGACUUUGCGAGCUGGGUUGGGCUAGGAGAAGCAUAUUCAAAUUGUGGCCGACUCGAGGCAGCUAGCAAAGUCUUUAGACAUGCCCUAACCAUUGAUAACGGGGACUCGUGGACUGUGAAAUAUAUGUUGGGCCAUGUGUUGUGCGAAAUGAAAGAGUUUAACGAAGGUUUAAGUUUUCUUUAUGCUGCUUUGGAAUCACAACCAAAUGAAGAGUGUAUCCUAAGUGCCAUCUACGAGGCCAAUAUUGAGAAUGCCGAAAAGUUUCUACAACUCGGCUUUACUGGCCGUGCAAUCAACGCUGUUUUGAAAUCUUUGGGUUUUGUAAAGCAAUCGUUAGCUUUAAACAAAGCUUCACAAAAAGCUUGGAAGCGUCUUGGAGAUAUCUUACGGGUACUUUCCAUUGCUCAAGAGUAUAUUCAAGCGGAGCCAUUGAUUCAAGUUUUGCAGAUUUUCAAAAAUUGCGGAUGGGACAAUGAUGCUACCUUGCUGGAAAAGUAUCUUGUUUCCAUUGAAGAUAUUUGCACUGCCAUUGGUGUUUCUUCUAAUGGUAUUAGUACUAGUAUUGCUACCACUACUGAUACUAGUACUAACUCGAAAGAAAAGGUACAAGCAAUAAGAAAGCUUGUAGUUUUGGCUGCCGCAGCGGGCCUUGAGCACCUACCAUUGAAAGCUAACCGUGCUAUGAAAGCAACAGCACUUUACAAUUUAGGAUUAGCAUAUUUGGAGUCUUUUCAACAUAACAAAAUUGAGAAACACCGCGAAGCUUCUAUCAAGCACUUGAAGCAUGCGAUAAAGAUUGAGUCCAACAAUGCAAGCUUUUGGAUUGCUUUAGGGAAUGUGUAUAGCUUUACAGAGCCUCUCAUUGCUCAGCAUUGCUACAUAAAAGGUAUGUCCCUUGAGGUGAAAGAUGCAGGUAUUUGGGUUAACCUUGCAGUUCUUUAUCUCAAACAUGGAGACUAUCAGCUUGCACAAGAGACUUUUAUGCGAGCACAAUCGGUUACUCCGCAAGAUUCUCAACCUUGGCUAGGAAACGCCAUGAUAGAAGAGCUUUCAGGUGAUUUGAACAAGGCUCAAGCGCAGUAUACCCACGCAUUUACGGUGUCAAAAGGACGUUCAGCAGUAGCACAACUCUUGUAUGCAAUGUCCGUUACUUCAAAAGCAAAAACUUCAAUUAAUCCAAAGGAUAUCGAAACUGCUCAAGAAUUGAGUAUAAGCAACCAAGCAAUGCAUCAGUACCUCAAGCUUUACCCUGAGGAGUUAAGGGCUUUGAGAGUCGGUGUUGAGAGUGCAGAGCGGUGUAAAGAUUAUGAUUCGGCUUUGGAGAUGUGCCAAAAGCUUUGUAGCUUAUAUGAGUCCAUGUAUGAGGAAACCGAAGACUCUGAUGUUCUUGAGCACUAUUUAAUCGGUAAGUGUCAAAUGGCCAGAAUCAGUUUGGGUCUUCAGGAAUAUGAUAAAGUUAUUGAUAUUGUUCAAGAGGUUGAGCAAUUUGAGUCAAAGUCACUUGUGGUGGAAGCAAAUAUAAGGAUCUGUUUAGGUCUUGCAUACUACUUUACAGGGAAGUUUGAGGAUGCAGUUCUGCAACUAAGAGUGCUUGUGGACUCCCAUGCACAAUCCUCAGAAAUAAUUUCAUUAGUAGCGCAGAUGUUGUAUGCACAUGAUUCUCCACAGAGCAAACAAGCCGCUGUUGAUCAGCUAUUUGCACAUAUAGAGGAGUAUGGAUCUUCGUCUCUACUUGUGGUGCUUUUAGGCGCCAUUUCAGUAGUGGAAAAUUUAGAGGAAUACUUUGAAGCUAUCAAAGAAGAGUUAUCAAACUUGAGCUUAGCCGAGGUUGUUGCUGAUACACGUCGUGAUAUACCACGUAUUUUAGAGGAGAUUAGUGUACGGGAAGGAGACAAGUCUUAUAAUGAAGCGUGGCUCAGAUCUGCCUUCUUAUUUCCCUCGAGUUAUCAAAUAUGGAGAAAUAUAGAUAGUGGAAUCGCAAAGAAGAUUGUUGAUUUGGGUGAUAGUAAGAUUACCGCGGAUGAGUAUGCUGAGGCUAUGAAAAAGGGAGGCACGGUGCGUGAUGUUCAGCGAUCUCUUAUGUUGAACCCAUGCGAUAUAGAAGCCAUGCAACAACUAACCUCGUCUCUUUUAGCUUAG